GCUACUGGAAGAUGAAAGAGACUAUACAAGGGACCGGGUCUUGGGGGCCUGAGCCUCCUGGACCCGGCAUAACCCCAGCUUACUCAAGUCCCAGGCGGGAGCGUCUUCGUUGGCCCCCACCCCAACCCCGACUCAAAUCAGGUGGAGGGUUUGGGCCAGAUCCUGGGUCAGGGACCACAAUGCCAGCCAGACGCCUCCCUGUCCCCCGGCCUUCUUUUGAUGCCUCAGCUAGUGAAGAGGAGGAAGAAGAAGAGGAGGACGAAGAUGAAGAUGAGGAAGAGGAAGUGGCAGCCUGGAGGCUGCCCCCCAGAUGGGGUCAGCUGGGAACCCCCCAGCGGCCUCGCCCUCCCCGUCCUACUCAUCGGAAAACCUGUUCACAGCGCCGUCGCAGAGCUAUGAGAGCCUUCCAGAUGCUGCUCUACUCAAAAAGCACCUCGCUGACAUUCCACUGGAAGCUUUGGGGGCGCCACCGGGGCCGGCGGCGGAGCCUCGCACACCCCAAGAACCAUCUUUCACCCCAGGAAGGGGGUGCGACCCCACAGGUGCCCUCUCCCUGCUGUCGUUUUGACUCCCCCCGGGGACCACCUCCACCCCGGCUGGGUCUGCUAGGUGCUCUCAUGGCUGAGGAUGGGGUGAGAGGGUCUCCACCAGUGCCCUCUGGGCCCCCCAUGGAGGAAGAUGGAUUAAGGUGGACUCCAAAGUCUCCUUUGGACCCUGACUCGGGCCUUCUCUCUUGUACUCUGCCCAAUGGCUUUGGGGGACCACCUGGGCCAGAAGGGGAGCGGAGUCUGGCACCCCCUGAUGCCAGCAUCCUCAUCAGCAAUGUGUGCAGCAUCGGGGACCAUGUGGCCCAGGAGCUUUUUCAGGGCUCAGAUUUGGGCACUACAGAGGAAGCAGAGCGGCCUGGGGAGAAAGCUGGCCAGCACAGCCCCCUGCGGGAGGAGCAUGUCACCUGUGUGCAGAGCAUCUUGGAUGAAUUCCUUCAAACUUACGGCAGCCUUAUCCCCCUUAGCACUGAUGAGGUAGUAGAGAAAUUGGAGGACAUUUUCCAGCAGGAGUUCUCUACACCUUCCAGGAAGGGCCUGGUGCUGCAGCUGAUCCAGUCAUACCAGCGGAUGCCAGGCAAUGCCAUGGUGAGGGGCUUCCGAGUCACCUAUAAGCGGCAUGUGCUGACCAUGGACGACUUGGGGACCUUGUAUGGACAGAACUGGCUCAAUGACCAGGUGAUGAACAUGUAUGGAGACCUGGUCAUGGACACAGUCCCUGAAAAGGUACAUUUCUUCAACAGUUUCUUCUACGAUAAACUCCGUACCAAGGGUUAUGAUGGGGUGAAAAGGUGGACCAAAAACGUGGACAUCUUCAAUAAGGAGCUACUGCUAAUCCCUAUCCACCUGGAGGUGCACUGGUCCCUCAUCUCUGUUGAUGUGAGGCGGCGCACCAUCACCUAUUUUGACUCGCAGCGCACCCUAAACCGCCGCUGCCCUAAGCAUAUUGCCAAGUAUCUACAGGCAGAGGCAGUGAAGAAAGACCGGCUGGAUUUCCACCAGGGCUGGAAAGGUUACUUCAAAAUGAAUGUGGCAAGGCAGAAUAAUGACAGUGACUGUGGCGCCUUUGUGUUGCAGUAUUGCAAGCACCUGGCCCUGUCUCAGCCAUUCAGCUUCACCCAGCAGGACAUGCCCAAACUUCGUCGACAGAUCUACAAGGAGCUGUGUCACUGCAAACUCACUGUGUGAGCCUCGUAUCCCAGGCCUCAAGCCCAUUCAUUAAUGGGCAGGGGGACAUGGGAGACCCUUCUUUCCCAAGAAACUCCAGUUCCUUUCCUCUCUUGCCUCUUCCCACCCAAUUCCCUUUGGUUUUUCAUAUUUAAAUGUUUUAAUUUUUUUUUCCUUUGAGAGAAUACUUGUUAUUUCUUAUGUUCAGGGGGUGGCCAUGGAAAAUCCCCGUUUUCCCUCUGUCUGCAGGGGAGUAUGGCCUUGUGGCCUGGGUGGGGCAGUCAUCUCCCUUCCGUGUGUAGGGCCGGGGGGCGGGCAGGAAAAUCUGUGCUGGGGGUGGUGGGCGGGCAAAGGGAUUACUGCCUGCCAUAUCUUCAAACUUUUUUUUUUAUAUAUAUAUAUCUAUAUAUAUAUAAAUGCCACGGUCCUGCUCUCGUCAAUAAAGGAUCCUUUGGAGAUA